AUGUCUUCCAACAACACUCAGCUCAAGCGCGUGCUCGUGACCGGUGGACUCGGGUACAUUGGCUCGCAUGUCGUCCUCUCCCUUCUCCUCUCUGGGCGCUACCUUCCCAUCGUCAUUGACAACUGUCACAAUGCGUUCCCCGAGGCCGUGAACCGCUGCGCCGAGAUUGCUCGCGACGAGAUGGGCCCCAACGCACCCCAGCCCAUCUUCCACAAGGCCGACAUGCGCAACCCUGCCGAGAUCGACGCCGUCUUUGAGCAGUACAAGGCGGACGGCGGGAUCUGGGGCGUUGUUCACCUCGCUGCCCUCAAGGCGGUCGGCGAGUCCAGCGAGCUCCCCCUCUCGUACUACCAGGUCAACGUCGGCGGCUCCGUGUCGCUCCUCCAGUCCAUGGCCAAGUACGGUUGCAACUCGUUUGUCUUUUCCUCGUCGGCCACCGUGUACGGCACUCCGGAGGUCAUUCCCAUUCCCGAAACGUCGCGUGUGCACGCCGAGUCUGCGUACGGACGGACAAAGGCCAUGGUCGAGGACGUGAUCCAGGACGUGUGCCGCUCCGGCACAAUGGAGGAGCCUCGCAAGGAGCCACUUAAGGCCGUCUCGGUCCGCUACUUCAACCCCGCUGGUGCUCACCCCUCCGGCAAGCUCGGCGAGGAGCCGCGCGGUAAGCCCGGAAACCUUCUCCCCCUGCUUGCGCAGAUGGCUGUCGGACGCGAGAAGUCGGACCUCCAGGUCUUUGGCAACGACUACCCCGGUUCGCCGGACGGCACGUGUGUGCGUGACUACCUGCACAUCAUGGAUUUGGCACAGGGCCACGUGCUUUCGCUGGACGCCAUCGCUGUGCCUGCCGACCAGCCCAACAUCUUUGACAAGUGCGACCCCCGCACCGACGGCUACUUCCGCGCCUUUAACCUCGGCCGUGGCAAGGGCCAGUCUGUCCUCACCAUGAUCGAGGCGAUGCGCAAGGCCACCGGCUUUGAUUACAAGUACGAGAUUGUCGGCCGCCGCAUGGGCGAUGUCCCGGACCUCACGGCCGACCCCGCGCUCGCCGAGAAGGAGCUGGGCUUCCUCGCCAAGCGUGACCUCCCAGAGAUGUGCCGCGACCUCUGGAACUUCCAGACCAAGAACCCCAACGGGUACGAGCCCACCACCACCGCCAACGCUGCCUAA